AUGAAGAUCCCAGUGCAGCCUCUCCCUCUUUUGCUUUUCUUCACUGGCGAUGUACUCGCUGCAAAGAACUACCAUUGUCCUCCAAUUGGCCCAGUCCUCCCUGCACCAACUAACCCAAGCUCACAUCAGAAUGUGAAAAUUGCCAUUGAGGCUAUCAGAGAGACUAUAAAGGCCUAUUCGAGUCUACUGCACAGCACAGCUGUCUCAGUCGGUGUCACGUCAAUUCACGAGGACAAACCCUUGCUGGACUUCCAUCACACGCCAGAAAAUCUCGAUCCUCGAGGCGUAAGCAAAAUAGAUGCCGACUCGGUUUAUCGCAUUGGGAGUAUCUCGAAGGCGUAUACUACCCUCGCUGCGCUCAAGCUCAAGGGAGUGGGCAUACAUGACCCGGUGACGAAAUAUGUUCCUGAAUUGAGAAAGUUGAAUAAGCAGCAGAGUGAGAAUAAUGCGAUUACGACUGUUGAUUGGGAUAAGGUAUCGCUGCAGGCUCUCGCAUCGCACAUGGGAGGCAUGCCUGCUGAUUUGUCGACGGAUUUGACGAGCUUUAGGAAUUGGACUGAUCUGGGUCUUCCUGCUGCACACGAGGUCUUAGGAUGUGCUGGUCUGGUCGGAAUUCCUCCCUGUGAUGUUCAAGACUUUUGGGACAAUUUUGGCAAACGGCCUCCGACUUUUGCACCUUGGAGCAACCCAGUGUACUCAAACAUAGCCUUUUUCGUUAUGAGCUUGGUCAUAGAGAGAGUUUCUGGAGAGUCAUAUGAAGAGUUUGUGCAGAAGAAUGUUCUUGAUGUUGCAGGGAUGAAUAGCACGACUUAUUCGAAACCCGAUGACUCCGUGGGAGCCAUUGGACCUGAUGAUACUUUCUGGAAUAGCUCCAUCGGUAUCCUGAGUCCGGCUGGCUCGUUCUACUCAUCAACAAAAGACCUCCUCGCUUUCGGAUCUUCCAUCCUCAAGCACGAGUUCUUAGACCUGGCAGAAACAAACGAGUGGCUCAAACCUGUGACUUUUACCAGUGGAAGGGGAGAGUUUAUCGGCGCACCGUGGGAGAUUGUGCGAUCUAAUAAGCUGACCUCUGACGAGCGUGUGGUCAACGUCUACACCAAAGGAGGCGACAUAGGAACAUAUCAUUCCAUUUUUGCAAUGAUUCCAGACUAUGGUAUAGUUAUCAGUGUAUUAGUGGGAGGACCUGAGAAUGCGGGAGGUCUUCCUCUGGUUUUCUUCUCAAUGAUCACAAAAGUUCUUGUGCCCGCACUUGAAGCAGCGGGUAAAGACCAAGCAAAGAAGGCAUUUGCAGGGACAUACAUCAACGAAGAUACAAACUCGACUCUCGUUCUCGAUGUUGACGACGACGGUCCUGGGCUAAGCAUCACGAAGUGGAUAGUCCGCGGAACAGACGUCUCGACACAUUGGCUGCACUACCUCUCAGUGCUCAACCCCAACGUACCCAAAAUCUCACUAUCUGGACGACUAUAUCCUACAGAUCUCAAAGUGGGGAACAAGACAGCGUGGAGGGCAAUGUUUAGAAUUGGCACGGCGACUCAAAUUGGAAUGCAGGAGGGGUUGUUGUUCUGGGAGGAUGCGAGUUGUAUGAGUUGGGCGAUGGUAGAUAGAGCUGCGUAUGAGUUUCUGGGACUGGACGAGAUGGUGUUUGAGAGUGAAGAUGGAAGGGCUGGGGAAGUUGAAUUGGUGGGAUUCAAGACAACUUUGAAGAGGAGUGAAAAGGAGUGGUGA